AUGGACGAGUCCCAAGAAGACCACGAUGAGAGCACGGAGCAGACUCCCCUGGUAGCAGGGAGUGCCGCCAAACAGCGUCGUCCACCACACCGGCACAUGCUGUCAGUCGCUUCGAUUGCCUCAAUUGCAAGCGUCAAUGUCCCCAAGGCGCACAACGGGAAUACCAUCGUCAACAUCUUGUGUGCAAUCGCCUUUGUUGUCUCUGCAGCGGCCGGCUUUGUCAUUAUCCCACUCACGCAGUUAGUCGAGAACGUUGUAUGUCACAAGUACUAUGGAAUGGGAAAUGAGCCUAUCGACGAGGAGCUCUGCAAAAUAGAGUCCAUCCAGGCUGAUGUGGCUUUCGUUUUCGCCAUUGUUGGGGUUUGCGAGGCGGUCGUAGGCUUUCUUGCUGCUUUCCCAUGGGGAAUUGCUGCCGACAGACUUGGUCGGCGACCUGUGUUUGCGCUGUCUCUUCUGGGCAUAUCACUAGGAAUAAUAUGGGAUAUCACAGUCUUGUGGUUCCCUUCGGUCUUCCCUCCGAGUCUCAUUGCUCUGUCCUGCCUUUUCCUACUCGUAGGAGGCGGUAAUGCCGUUCUAAUAGGCAUCGUGUAUAGUAUGGUGUCAGAUGUCAUCUCCGAGGAUAAAAGGGCGACUGCUUUUAUGCGCGCUCAUGUCAUUAGUGUCAUAGGAAGCUUGGUGUCUCCAGCUUUAUCAUCAGCUAUGUUAACAGUGACUAGCCCCUGGGCUGCCAUGUGGGUAGGGGUUGCUUGCUUGCUGAUCGGAGCAGUUGCGUUUCUAUUCGUCCCGGAGACAUUGCAACAUAAGACUCAGAGUGAUGCCGCCGAUGAUCAAUCCCAAUCACCAGCCAGUCUUAGUGGCCAUCUCUCUGAAACAUACGAACGACUAAAGGAGAGCCUCUCCAUCUUGAAGUCGCCAUCCUUGAUACUCCUACUCCUUACAUGCAUUGUCACGCAGCCGUUCUCAUCAGCGGUCACACAAUUCCUUGUACAGUUCGUAUCAAAGCGCUAUAAUGUGCCAAUCAGCGCCACAGGCUAUAUCCAAUCAACAUAUGGCCUAGCUCAGGGCGUCCAAGCACUAGUUAUCUUACCAUUAUUAUCGCAAUUCAUGAUGCGGGAUUCGACGCCGAAACCAUUCCUCAUGGCCAACGAGCAGGAACGCGAUCUGACGCUUGCGAAAUGGUCCUUUGGCUUUGUUUUCCUCGGUUUCUUUGCUCUGGGAGCUGCUCCGACUGUCUGGAUGUUUAUCUUGGGAUUGUUGGUUCUCGCCUUAGGCUCAGGUUACAAUUCCUUGGCCAAAAGUCUUAUGUGUCUCUACGUCGAUCCAGAGCAUCGUUCACGCCUUUUCAGCAUGGUUGGUAUGGCAGAAGUGAUUGGUUCGGUCUACGGCCCGCCGAUGUUGGCGGGACUUUUUGCUCUUGGGAUGAACCUAGGAGGAGGCUGGAUGGGACUUCCUUAUUUCGGUAUAGCGGUCCUGUCUGUCUUUGCAAUGGUGAUGUUACUUUUUGUAAGUGUUCCCAAGCACCGGGAACCUGGGCCCCCGCCAUAUGAGGAAGGGCCACUACACGAAAAUUGA